UGACACCUGUCUGACUGACCACUCAUCGUAACGGCGCAGUCAUGAAGAAGCCAAGCUGGCUGCGGAAGAACUGGCUCUGGGUUGCGGGUGCAGCCUUCGUCGGCAUCCACUUUGGCACGUGGCUCAUGCAGCAGGCAAUGAAAAGCUCAGCUCGUUCGGAGAAAGUGAUACAAAAGAGGAGCUUGGAUGAGUGAUUCGAUGGACUGCAAAUAAGCCGUCUUUUCUUUGUCCCUUGGGAACAUUCUGUUUUAAACACGGACUUUCAUUAGAUUGUGUAUUCUCUGUGAGCCUGAUGGACAUUAUCCCUGCAUUUUUAAUGACAUUGUGGCUUCAGUGAUAUCCGGCUUCAGUCGUGCUUUGCAUCUGGAGGACAAUGUCGCGCCUGUCUCAGAAGCAGCCCUCCAUCUGCACAGCUGUUCCUCUGACAGACCCCGACGUCUCCCAGAAGCUGGCCCUGCUGCGGCAGGUCCUCACGUCCUGCUUCGGCCCCUGGGGCAGACUGAAGCAGGUCCACAAUAACGUGGGGGGGGCCAUAAUGACCACCUCCACUUCGUCGGUGCUGCUAAAGGCCAUCCAAGUUUCCCACCCCCUGCUGAAGCUUCUGGUUGCGAGCAUCCUCAACCACACCUCCCGCUUCGGCGACGGUGGCUUAUUUGCCGGGAUCCUGAGCCUGUGUCUCCUGGAAAACGCCCUGCGGUUGGGCGUGGACCAGGCUGUGGCAGUGGGCGUGUACAAUAGGCUGCUGGGCCUCUGUGAUGCCUACCUGGUCCGGGACGACUGUGGCUGCAAGAUCAGGGUGGACUUCAGCAGCACCCAGACCCUGCUGACUUUGGCCCAUGGGCUGCUGGCAAGUAAGCCGGCCUGCGCCCUGACCCCCGCCGAGGUCAAGCACGUGGCCCUGCAGGUCACGCGGGCAUUCCUGCUGACUGUCCCGUGUGGCACCCGGGGACGGGACCGUCUGGGGGCUGCCGUGGUGGUACCUGUGGAGGGACAGCCCCCCUGGGCCUCGGCUGCCCUGGGGGGGCUGCUUGUGGACAUGCCGGAGUCUCUGCACCCUGCCGAUUUGGAGCUUCAGGGUAGCACGCUGAUCCGGCUGGCCCUGUUUAGCGUGUCGCUGGCGGGAGACCUUCCGGAGGCUGGAGACGGGCCUCUGGAGCUGCAUGGAGAGACGUGCCUGGAGGAGGCAGUGCUGGAGCAGCUCCUGAGACUGGCCGACCAGCUGGUCUCCGACGGGGUGCAGCUCUUGGCCUGCCAGAAGGUGGUGCACCCUGUGCUGCAGCACUACCUGAGGGUGCGUGGGGUCAUCGUAGUGGAGAGGCUGGGGCUCGCCAUCAUGGAGCCUCUCGUCCAGAUGACAGAUGCACAGCCGCUGGCCACCUUCCAGGCCCCUGUCCCCGGCGUCUCCUACGGGCAGCUGGGGGGCCUUAGCCUGCACCAGUGCGGCUCCAGAGCGAUGCUGCACCUGCUCCCGGCCGGAGAGCCGGCGACAUGCACCCUGGUGCUCUGCCACCGGAACCAAACGGCACUCGCUGAACUCAAGGUGUCGUGUGAGAGGGCGGGGCAGGUGCUGAGGCUGAUGCUGAAGGAGCCCUUUGCGCUGCUGGGAGGGGGCUGCACCGAGACGCACCUGGCGGCUUUUGUCAGGCACGAGAGCAGCAGCGACGUCACAGAAGCCGUGCGUGAACUGGGCUGCUCUCGCCACGACUACAUGCGGGUGGUGGGUGCGUUUUGCCACUCUCUGGAGAGUGUGGCCCGGGCACUUGGGCAAGAUGGUGGAGUGACCCUGACUGAUCUAUGCCAUGCCCACUGCUGGGGCAUACCGGCUGCUCCGCCUGCUGAUGUGCCGUGGGUGGAGCUGGUGCGCUCUUGUGGGUGUGGUUUAAUGAGUGGCCACUCGGGCCUGGAAUGGAACCUCAUUGGCACAGAGUACCCUUCGUUUUCUCCAGCACUCAAUCUGGGCACAGAGUCUCUGCCAUGUGUACUGGACUCAUUCUUUGCCAAGGCCAAUGCCCUGCAUGUUGCCGUGGAGAGUGCAAAUCUCAUACUAGAUCUGAAGUAUGUCAUUCAAGACAGAAAUUAGCAGGGUUGUCGAUCUCUGUACAAUUUACUGGUCUGAGCUCCGUGAUUGUAACCUGAUUCUCAAUAAAUAUGAAGCAAAUUAA